UAAUUGUACACAACAAAGAACAGCCAAGAAAGUUCAAGAUGCAACCCCAAUUUGCCUAUACAUACAUUGAUCACAACUCAAUUCUCUUAGUCAGUACAGAAUUACCUCAGCUUAUUAGCAUAUUAAGUCUCAGAAUAUUCAUCUUCCUCAAGCAAAAUGUCUAUCAUUUCAAGCCUGCUCAACCACGAUGACCCUUUCAUUUCUAUGGUAAACAUGUGUCCAGUCUUGAGCACCCCCAUAGACUGGAAGGAGACCUCGGAAGCUCACGUGUUCGUGGCCGAUCUUCCGGGGCUCAAGAAGGAGGAUGUUAAGGUGGAGGUGAGUGAUGGAUUGCUCCAAAUAAGCGGAGAGAGAAAUGCGGAGAAUGAGGACGAUAGCAAGGACCAUAAGUGGCACCAUGCUGAACGUUGCCGUGGUAAGUUUUCGAGGAGCUUUAGGCUUCCGGAUAAUGCAAAGGCCGAUGAAGUGAAGGCAUCCAUGGAGAACGGAGUGCUCACUGUGACGGUUCCGAAACAAGAGGUCAAGAGACCGGAAAAGAAGGUGAUUGCGAUUGAAUAAAUCAAGGGUUGAGUAAACUGCGAAAGUCUAGAUUCGCGUUGGGAAUAAAAUUAUUGUGUUAGUUUAUGUCCAAAUUGUGGUUGUGUUUGUGUUUGUGUUUGGUCAUGGUAUGUGUAUUUUAUGAUAUAGUUGGUUGUCGUUCUCUAAAUUUGUGUAAUGGAGAUAUAUGAAAUAAUAUAUGCAAGAACUUUUUAAUUGUUCUCUAAAUUUGUGUAAUGAAUAAUAUAUCAAGAACUUUCUAA